ACGUAAAAAGUUUGGUUGUGAUAACGCUGCUUAAAGGUUAUCAAAAGGUUGUGGAUUGAAAAAAUUUCAAAAAUUGAAAAUUCAAUUAUGUACAAUAUCAAAGGUCCAAGUAAAACCGUCCCAAAACCUGCAAGAAGAGGUAUCUCUCAAAAUAUGGAACAUUUUAGGGAGAAAAAUAAAGAAACUGAUAUUGAGGAAAAUGAAAUGAAUCAUAUUCCCAAACCAACAUUUCUUAAGAAGUCAUCACCUACUGGUCAGAGGAGUGAGAGUAUUUCUCCACAGCAUGAAGAAAUCGUCAACUUCAUAAAUGAAUCGUGGAAUUCUGUAUGUGCUGAAUUAGAACAAGAAAUUGCAUUUUCCGAAGAUUCCUCAAAUGGCGAGAACGUGAUAUGUUACUACGAAGAUGAACCUUGCCUUUUUCUUCAGGAUUUCAAACCGUUUGAUCUAGAGUCAUGGUGGGGGAAAAGGCUAUAUGAUUAUGUCAUCAGUUCAGAGAACACAAAGAGCUGAGUUAUUGAAAAUACCCGUACUAUUUUCUUGUGUAAAUAGUUUUUUUUUAUGUUUUGAUGAUAUCACUUUCACAUUAUCCUAUAUGAAUUAUCUGAUAUCAGUUUGUAGAUAGUUUAUUCUCUUAUUUCAAUACUUCAAAUGUUUUACUGUUUUGUUGAAUAAAAUUGUUAAGAAAAUCACGAA